AAAUCUUCAAUUUUGUCUAAUUGACGCGACGGAUUUCAGAAUUCUUUUUUCCUUUUGCGACCACCUUCAUCACUUUGCCGCAACUGGAACCAUCGUUCGAGUCUUGAAGGAAAUACAUCAAUCAAUAGAAUCCCAUUCUAUCUAUUCAUCCAUCUAUCAGCAAUCAUGUCUUACAACAAGGAUAAGGAUUUCGCCGGUGAAGGCCCAGUAUGUUUUUAUGUCUUUUCCAUCUGCAUCCCACAUCCCCUCGAGUUACGCAAAUCGCGAGCCGUAUAUCAAAAUGGAAAUACAUUCUUGAAGCUAACCUACUCUCCUUCCCCAGAAAACCCACAAGAUCAGAAUCACCCUCACAUCCAAGAAGGUUGACUCCCUCGAGAAGGUCUGCCGUGAACUCAUCGAGCGUGCCAAGGGAAAGGAACUCCGCAUCAAGGGACCAGUCCGUCUCCCAACCCAAACCCUAAAGGUUACCACCCGUAAAACCCCUUGUGGUGAAGGUUCCAAGACCUGGGAUUGCUUCGAGAUGAGAAUCCACAAGCGUUUAAUUGAGUACGUUUCUGCACCUCGGUCACGAUUCGAACCUCUGCAGAAGAAUUAGAAGAGCACCAGAGAGAGUCCAGAAAGAGAACAGUAUACUAAUGGAAUAAUAGUCUUAACGCUCCUACUGAGGUUGUCAAGCAAAUCAUCAUCAACAUCGAAGCUGGUGUUGAGGUUGAGGUUACCAUCGCUGCAUAAAUUACUUGAGUGUGAUGGGAAAGGGAGGAAACGAUGGUGAACAAAUAGGUCGGCCACGUAAUGAGGGUAGACAAUUGAAUGCUGUUCCUCUCAUCUAUUGAUAUCUUCCGCGACUCUCGUGAUAAUGUGUGACCGAGAUAUAUUUUGCUGUUGGGUUUCUCAGGUAGCAGAAAUCUGACAUAUUCGGCGUCCAGAUAUGUAUGUAUCUAUUUCAAUCAGCUAGAGAACCACCAACAUACAAUUACUAGACAUUCGCGGCAACCUCUGCUAGCAAAUU